GGACCUUCAGGUUCUGGUUGGCACCAACACCUUGAGAUCAGGGACGGGUCAGAUCCGACGGAUCCGAAGAAUUUUGGUCCAUCCUAACUACAACCCCAGGAGAAACGACAACGAUUUCAUGUUGCUGCUGCUGGACACACCUGUCCAACUGGGACCACAGGUGAAAAAAAUCCGAGUGGCCACCGAGUGUCCACGGCCAGGGAUGAACUGCAGCGUCUCGGGAUGGGGAACCACCAAAUCCCCCGGAG